CUGACCACCCUCAGCUGGCCCUCCACUAGUUUUGACAACAACGACUCUGUCGACAAUGUUCACGUCUUGACUAUUGCUUCCAGAAAUACUAUAUAUUACUAUUAGUUUGUUGUGUUUAUAUUUUUGAACGCGUGUACCAUGGAGCCAUCCGCGCCCAAGAGUAAGCUGAAAAAGCUGAGUGAAGACAGUUUGACCAAACAACCAGAGGAAGUGUUUGAUGUUCUCGAGAAACUCGGUGAAGGUUCCUAUGGAAGUGUUUUCAAAGCCAUUCAUAAGGAGUCGGGCCAGGUGGUGGCCAUCAAGCAGGUUCCUGUGGAGUCAGAUCUGCAGGAAAUCAUCAAGGAGAUUUCUAUCAUGCAACAGUGUGACAGCCCGUACGUAGUGAAAUACUAUGGCAGCUACUUCAAGAACACAGACCUGUGGAUCGUCAUGGAGUACUGCGGGGCUGGUUCUGUCUCUGACAUUAUCAGACUGCGAAACAAGACGCUGACUGAAGAUGAGAUUGCCACGAUCCUGAAGUCGACACUGAAAGGUCUUGAAUAUCUUCACUUCAUGAGGAAGAUACAUCGGGACAUCAAAGCAGGAAACAUCCUUCUCAACACUGAGGGACACGCUAAACUGGCAGACUUUGGAGUUGCUGGACAACUAACGGACACCAUGGCAAAGAGAAACACUGUGAUCGGUACUCCGUUCUGGAUGGCCCCAGAGGUGAUCCAGGAGAUCGGUUACAACUGCGUGGCUGACAUCUGGUCCCUGGGCAUCACAUCCAUAGAGAUGGCAGAGGGCAAACCCCCCUAUGCCGACAUUCAUCCAAUGAGAGCUAUCUUUAUGAUCCCCACCAACCCUCCUCCAACAUUCAGAAAGCCAGAGCUUUGGACAGACGAGUUCACAGACUUUGUUAAGAAGUGUUUGGUCAAGAACCCAGAGCAGAGAGCUACUGCCACACAGCUCCUACAGCACCCAUUCAUCAGCCAAGCAAAGCCAGUCACAAUCCUGAGAGACCUGAUUACUGAAGCCAUGGAGAUGAAGGCCAAGAGGCAGCAGGAGCAGCAGAAGGAGCUGGAGGAGGAGGAAGACAACUCUGAGGAAGAGACCGAAGUGGACUCUCAUACGAUGGUGAAGUCGGGCCCAGAAGGGGCUGGGACCAUGCGGGCUACUAGCACCAUGAGCGACGGGGCACAGACCAUGAUCGAGCACAGCAGCACUAUGCUUGAGUCGGACCUGGGCACAAUGGUCAUCAACAGUGAUGAUGAAGAGGAGGAAGAUCAGGGAUCAAUGAGAAGACACGCCACCCCGCAGCAGCCCAUACGUCCAUCCUUCAUGGAUUACUUUGACAAGCAGGACUCCAACAAGGCAGCCCAGCAGCAGGAGAACUACAACCACAACCAGCCACAGGAGCAGCCCGGCUACCACAUCCAGUCCAAGAACGUCUUCCCUGACAACUGGAAGGUGCCUCAGGACGGAGACUUUGACUUCUUGAAGAACCUGGACUUUGAGGAGCUGCAGUUGCGUCUGACGGCCUUAGAUCCCAUGAUGGAGCGGGAGAUCGAGGAGCUCAGGCAGCGUUACACCGCCAAACGGCAGCCCAUCCUGGAUGCGAUGGACGCCAAGAAGAGACGGCAACAGAACUUCUGAGCGCUCCUCCUCUCCUCCUCCUUCCUUUCCCAACUGUAACCAUUACCACAAAGCUCAUACCCCAGUGACUCUGGGUAACUAAGAUGACCUAAUUCCUCUCAUCGGACGCCCUCCACGGUUCUGACUGACUGCGAACUGGCCUCUGAAUGAAGUUAGAUGCUGUUGCUUUCAACACGAACGACGCUCAGGGCGCCGGCCAAGCCAACAAACCGAGGCCAGUAUACAUCACUAAAAUAGCUUCCUGUUUUCUCCAUGAAAUUGCUGUCACGUUAUGCAAAGAACCCUCGGGAAAUCCACAUCAGCACAUAAACAACCCUUCGGCAGUAGCAGCAGCAUGAGGAGUGGGGUCAGUGACGUGGUCUUCUUUUUUUACCCUCUCAGAAUUUUUACUUUCAGUGUAAAUAUAAUACAGAGCCUAGUUUGAAAAUACCUGCAACAAAAGCUGUGGAGGUUCAUCCAUGACCAAAGACAAUCAAGAUGAUGUUGAUGAUGAUGUUGAUGAUGAAGUGGAGAAUGCCUUAAAAAAUAUUUGAAACCUGGUUUUCAAAAUAAGCAAUGUAAUAAAAACAACCAAGUAAUUGGAUGGUUGAAUCCGUCGUCUCGCUUGGAGACGAGACGGAAGUGAACCAGUGAAAGCUGCAAAUGUUUGUCAGCACAAGCAGGAAAUCGUGUGGAUGGCGAAGAACGGAUCACGCAUGUUUUCAACCCGUUUGUGGACCAGAAAAUGAUCUCUCUUAUUUAACUUGUUUUCAGGGUAUUAUGUUUUGGGCUUAGUUAUACAUCCACUGUCUAUAGUGACGGGCGCGAUGCAUCUUAGUGCCUCAUGUUAACACUCUGACCCAGCUCCAGUCCGGUCUCUAACAACAGAGCCCUCACUCAACAGAUUGAAACACUGUUUUUGAUUUAAUAGAAGAGACGGCACAGAAAUGUGUUCCUAAUUAGGAGGGGAAAAAGUACAAGCAUUCCUAAAUACUGACUUUGAUUUUUUAAAAUAAACUUGCAGAUUUAUGUAGAAGUUCUCAAUUUUCUCCAACUGACUUCAGUUUUAAGAGACUUUAAAGAACAUUUGAGCCAAGUGUGAUGCUGUUCUUAACAGAAAGCAGAGGACCACAUUAAAACAGGACUCAGUGGAGUAGCUGAGUGGAAGUAUCAUUACUGACUCAUACAGGUAAAAACAGAGCCGCACGUAAGAUCGUUUUCUUUUUUGUUAUCACAUCAAGUUUUCUUUUUUUUUCGCAGUCAUGAAAGUGACGUGCCGACAUUUAGAGUGAGAUGCCAGCAAUGAAUGAAGAUGUACUCUCUGCAUUGUUUUUUUUUUUUAAUCUGAAAACGACCCAAGUCUUAUAUCUUGUUAAAGUCACUUUAACUGCGGAGGGCGCGGUACAUAUUCAUACACAAAUGCUAAAGAUAACCUUGCAGCAAUUGUCAAGUAUCACACAGUUUUCCUCAUCAGGGAGAGCUGGCACGUUUCCUGUUGAACUGUAAAAUGUCUCACAUACAGCACAUAAGAACCAACAUAAUCAAAAUUUUAUUCCUAUAAUCACAUUUUUCUCCACUGUCAAACAUUUUUCCUACCAGUAAUAUAUAAACAUGUCACUUCAUAAUACAAGCUGUUUUCUGUUCCCAUCAGCAGUUUAUUUCGUGCUAAUCGUGACCCUUUGAAUGAAUUGAAUUAAAUGUACGUACAAUAUGUCUGCAGGUUGCUGUUACAAUGUUUGGCUAUUGAUGCAUAUGAAGUGUCUCACUGUCACAUCUCGGGGCCAAACUUAGCGGACAUGAAUCCAAAUUUCAAUCAGUAGUAACCACCAGAUUGUAAAUCAUUAUAUCUGUUUGUUUGUUUUCUUCUGUCUUGGUCUAUUUUUCUACUUGAAGGAGGAACCUUUUUUAACGUGAUCACCUGCAACUGAAUUAAAACUGCAGAUCAUUGGCAACUUACUACACACAAGCAUUCAAACUUUUAUUUAUUAAAGCGUGUUCUUUUUCUUUUUGUGAUUUAAAUAAGAUGGCUAAUUCUGGCUGUUACUGUUUCCACUCCAGGUCAAAGAAAUGUGAUUUCUCUGUGUUUAGACUAUGCAUGUUUAUCAUUACGUUUGCUAUGUAGUGGAAUGCUCUUGUAGUAACUGCACAGGAAAGAGUACUGUUAAUACAGAAGAUGCUUUAUUUUUAAUUAUGCUUCGAAUAAAAUCAAUUUCUCUGUACAAUUAACAAAACGAAAGUCCUGUUUUAAAAUUUGAAAUGGUUCAUAAUCGGCCAUAUCAUGUACAGUUCUCUGAAAUCACGUUUUGCUAUAUCUCUAUGAUUCUCUCCGUCUUUAUUGUUCUUUCCAUAUAAUGACUUAAGGGUGUAGAGUGGAAUGUAAGCAUUUAUGUUUGAACCACUUAAUUUAUUAUGUUUUGUUUGGAAUACUUUAAAAAGUUUGAAACCGUGCAAGAAAUAAUAAAAGUAUAGUUAACCCGGA